UGUGGUAAGCGAUUCAAGCGUAUGGAGCACCUCAAGAGGCACAACCGCACGCAUACGCAGGAGCGACCCCACAAGUGUCCGAUGGAGGGAUGCGGCAAGUACUUUGGCCGUACAGACAAUUUGGCUCAGCACUUGAAGACCCACUUCCGC